AUGAGUUCUUCAGAUGUGGGGAGCGACAUAUUCGGGCUGCUCAUUAUCAUGUCAGCGUGCAGCUCCAGACGCUCACGGAUGGUUUUUUACCUUGCUCUGCUGGUAACACUGGUGUCCCAGAGCGAAGGAGGUUGUCAGGAUACGGGACUGUGUUGCAUUGGACAAAACCAGUCAUGUAUUACUGAAGACUGGAGGAAAGAUCGCUCCUAUGGGGAAUGUUACUGCGACCAGGCAUGCAAGACGACAUUGGACUGUUGUCACGACUAUGACCUUGCCUGUCCAGCCGUAUCCUGUGUGGUGAGUGAAUGGAGCGUGUGGUCCGGCUGUCUGGAGCCGUGUAAACUCACACUGCGCACCAGGCAGAGACAGGUGAUUCAGGAAGCACAUAAUGGAGGCGAACCCUGUCCCUCUCUAUAUCAGACUGCAGGCUGCGCGGAGUAUCACGACCAGCACGGCCCCUGCCUACAAUCACUAGUCCCAGCUCUCAUUACCACGGGUGGCUAUGGAAAUGCAAGGAAAAAGAGGGAGAUUUUGGACAACAAUAUCACAGGUUACUGUGUGGAGUUCAAACUCACGUCCCUAACAGCGGGUUGUCAACGCAGUUUCAGUCCACACACUCACUGGAUGCGGUACCUGAAGGAGGGGCAUCAGGUGUGUGUGGAGUGCCAGCCACCAGCACUGGCCCAGGGCCAACGCUACUGCUCCGGGGACGGGGAGAACAUGGGACUGGACAGGAGCUUGUCUCUGCAGUGGCAGGCCGUGGGGAAUUCUCGGUGCAGAGGGCUGUGGAGACGGGUCCGUCGACGAGACUCCUGUUCCUGUCCUACUGUACACAGUUUUCUCUUCAUCUAACUCGCACGGUUCAAUCAGCCUAAACAGGGUCAUGAAAUUUCACACUUUUAAGAAGUGACGGUAGAAUGUGCAGAGAGACUAUUUUGGUAGCUCAAACCAGCUCUAGGCUUGUAUGCCAAAUGAUAGAGUUGAUACCUCAUUACAGUAUGUUAUCAAGAACAGAUUCAAUAUUAGUCACAGUUAAUUCCCAUUUAUACAUAAAAGACUAAUGCUAAUGGCCAUCGUAUUAUGAUUAAAGGAACAGUUCACCCAAAAAUGAAAAUUUGCUGACAAUUCACUCACCCUCAGGCCACCCAUGAUGUAGAUGGCUUUGUUUCUUCAUCAGAUUUGAAGAAAUUUAGCAUUGCAUAACUCACGAAUGGAUCCUCUGCAUUGAAUGGGUGCCGUCAGAAUGAGAGUCCAAACAGCUGAUAAAAACAUAACAACAAGAAAUCCACAUAACUCAUGUUAUUGUACUCUGUCUUGUAAACAUGUUGAUGGAUGGAAUUUGAUGUGAAAGGACAAGAGAGGAUGGACUAUUUUUUUA